AUGAUGGAGCAUCAAAUUAUUCCUUCCCCGGGUGCCAGGAAGGCGCGUAAGCGUGUGGGUCGAGGGGAUGCUGCCGGGCAAGGUAGCUACGGCGGUCGGGGUAUGAAGGGCCAAAAGUCUCGGUCCGGCUAUCGUAUAAGGCCCGGUUUCGAGGGUGGUCAGUUGCCCUUGAUUAAAGGUCUUCCCAUGAAGAGGGGCUUCAAUAACAAGUUCAAGACCCAUUUUUCUCUGGUUAAGCUUGAGGACUUGGCUGGUUUUGAAGCUGGGGAACGAAUAACCCCUGAACUGCUUUACCGGCGGGGUGUCAUACCGAAUUUGAAAUCUCCAAUAAAGGUUCUUGGCAACGGGGAACUGGGAAUGGCGUUGACCGUAGUGGCAAACAAGUUUACUGGUUCGGCCCGAGCCAAGAUUGAAGCGGCCGGUGGUAGAGUGGAGGAAGUUUAG